CGCCCAGUUGUCCACCCAGCCGUGAGCGCAACAGCGGCGCGGACACCCCAGGACGUGCAAGAGCCUUGAAAGCACCGCGCUGCGUGCGAGAUCCCGAACGCAGAGGAUCCCGUCACUAGGACGCCCCGUCUGUGUGGUGUGCGGCGCAGGGAAGUCUAUGGAGACCGAAAAUGACCAGCGGUUGCCAGGGGCGGGGGACUGGAGGGGCGAUGGCCGGCAACAGCUAAGGGCACAGGAUUCUUCCCGGGGUGAUGGAAGGUCCUGAAAGUGCCAUGGCGGUGGUUGCGGGUCUCCGAACCCCUGAAAAUGUGACUUGUGUGCUUCCAAGGGGCACGAUGUUCGCCCGAGGGUUGAAGAGGAAGUGCUGGGACGGCGACGAGGACGUGGAGGGCGCCCCGGCCGCGCCGUCCUACAGCCUGCAGCGGCAGUCGCUCCUGGACAUGUCCCUGGUCAAGCUGCAGCUGUGCCACACGCUGGUGGAGCCCAACCUCUGCCGCUCGGUCCUCAUCGCCAACACCGUCCGGCAGAUUCAGGAAGAGAUGACCCAGGACGGCGCCUGGCAGCUCCCGGCGCCCCCAGUGGCGGGGCGGGGGCCGCUAGACCACCUCGUCUCCACGGAGAUCCUGUGCCGCGCAGCUUGGGAGCAGCAGGGGCAGCGCCCUGCGCCCGACCUGCCCUCGGAGCUGCCCGGGGCCCUGGGUGCGCCGGCUCCCGGGAGCGCGCAGAGCUGCAUCUGGGAGGCGGAUAGCUCCCGCGGACACCGAGGGAGCUUUCCGAAGUCGCUGGAUCAGAUAUUCGAGACCCUGGAGAGCAGAGCCCCCAGCCCAGUGGAAGGGCUGUUUGCAGAUGCAGGCGGCCCCUACUACGACCUGGACGCCGUGCUGACCGGCAUGGUGGGCGGCAAGUCGGGCCCCGGCGGUGGGGACGGGCUCCAGGCCUUGGCCCCCGCGGGCGCCCCGCCCCCCAGCGCCAGCUGCAAGCGGGACCUGGGCGAGCUGGACCACGUGGUGGAGAUCCUGGUGGAGACCUGAGCCUGCUGCGCAGGCGUGGGGCCCCGGCCGUCCCCCGAGCGCCUCGGGCCGCUGGGCCAGCCCUGCUGCCUGGUGAUCAUAAGGACACGCGGGAACAGAGCCAUUUCCUGCAGGCUGGUCACCCUGGGGCCGGCCGGGCCUCCUCCGCUCGGAGCCCCACAGCUCCGUGGAGGACCGGACCCGGCCGCCUGAGCGUCCUUCAACGUUAGGUGAAUUUUUUUAAAAUUAAGUUUUAUAUGUUGGGCAAUAUUUUGGCUUAAGAUAUAUUUUUUAAACUUUUUAUACUUUUAUCUCUUUAGACUUUUUCAGCUAUUUUCUUAAAAAUAUAUUUUUCCUAUGAACAUCCUCUGCUGCUAAUUAGAGGCACCUAUCUAUCACCUGAA